GAAGAGUGAAAAGGAUGCACGUUAGCUGAGGCUGAGGCUGAGCCUGAGAGAGCAAAGUAACAACAACACAGGACACCCCAACCUGACAUCUGUUUUUGUAAGUAAAAUCUUAUUGUAUUGGCCUCGCCGAGUCGAGUUAAAACUCACCCACCCUAACUCGUUCUUCCCCUCUCUCUCUCUUUCUCUUUUGGUUGUAUCUGUGAGCUACCCUCGCCUCGCACAUCCCUAUCUCAUCUAUUCACUCGCUUCCUUCUGCCACCCCUUUCGCCAUUCACAUCCUCUUCGAAUUGUGUGUGAUGUACAUGCCAACACCUUCCAUAGUUGAAUGAUGGCUGUUGAGACUUCCGAUAAACCUAAUGUACCACGUGAUUUUGAUGAUGAUGAGGAUGGGAUAAUUUUCAAAAGAUACACAUCUAAGAAAAAUCAGUUGCAUUCAGAAGCAAGGAGGUCAAGUUGUCACAGUCAUGAUGGACAGAAUUCUAAUGCACCUUCUUCGAAUGGCCAAACUUCUAGCGUGCAGAAAGGUAAUACUGUCCUAUGUGCUAAGCCAUCGUCCAUGAAACCUUCUCUAGGUAUCUCAAAAGCUUCAAAUUCUCUUGUCAACUCCUCCUCUGUGAAGCUGCCUGUAGCAAAUUCAAAAUCACCUUCAUUGGGAGAAAAAACAAAGCCUCUUUUGGAACAGAAAAUGCCCAUUGACGUUAAGGAGGAACCAAAAUCUAUCGAACAUUCUGCUAAAGUUGAUUUUGAAGAUUCAGAAGAUGAUGAGGAUAAUAAGCCGUUGAGUUUUAGGUUGAUAAACUCUAACCAUGAUAAGAAAGCAACCCCUGCUGUUGUCAAGAAAUCUUCUGAAGACUCUGAUGAUGAUGAUGUCCCUUUGGCAAAAAAGAUACUCCGUAAUUCCAUUUUGGGAACAACUAGCAGUAACCACGAUGACUCUGAUCAGAAAAAGCCUAUCAUGAAAAUUCAGAAAGAUCGGCAAAAUGGUUCUGGCACGAGUAAUAAACAGGAUAAGCCAUCUUCAUUGCCAGCUAAGAGACCAUUAGAUAAUAGUAAUUCCUUGCACCCCUCUGUUAAGAAGCCAAAGGUCUCAGAUCCAGCUGCAUCUAUAAAAAAAAAGCCAAUCCCUGUGAAACAUGAGCUGAAGGCAGAGGAGGAUGAUGAUGAUGACAUUCCUAUUUCCCAGAGAUUAAAGAAAUCAUCCAUGUCGGGUGAUAAAUCAUCUUCCACUAAGAAGGUGUUGUCAAAGGUCAAUAAAGUUAACAAGUCUGGCUCAAAACCUUUUAAGAAACAGGCCAAGAAGACGUUUAAAAAAGCAGGCAAAGAUUCAGAAUACUCCAAAUCUACUAAACUUCUUCCUAGCUCUGGUGAUGGGCAGAAAAAAUGGACUACUUUGGUUCACAAUGGUGUCAUUUUUCCUCCUCCAUACCAGCCACAUGGGGUAAAGAUGCUCUUCAAGGGGAGACCAGUUGAUUUGACUCCUGAGCAAGAGGAGGUUGCUACAAUGUAUGCAGUCAUGCGAGAUACAGAGUACAUGCAGAAAGAUAGGUUCAAGGAAAAUUUCUGGAAUGACUGGCGGAAGUUGCUUGGAAGAAAUCAUAUAAUCCAGAACUUGAAAGAUUGUGAUUUUACUCCAAUCUAUGAUUGGUACCAAAGUGAGAAGGAAAAGAAGAAACAAAUGACUACAGAAGAGAAGAAGACUUUAAAGGAAGAGAAAAUGAAACAAGAGGAGAAAUACAUGUGGGCUAUUGUUGAUGGUGUUAAAGAAAAGGUUGGGAAUUUUAGGGUUGAACCACCAGGAUUGUUCCGAGGCAGAGGAGAGCACCCCAAGAUGGGAAAAUUGAAAAAACGCAUUCAUCCAAGUGAUAUCACAAUUAAUAUUGGAAAGGAUGCCCCAAUUCCUGAAUGUCCUAUUCCUGGUGAAAGGUGGAAGGAGAUAAGACAUGACAAUACAGUUACAUGGUUAGCCUUUUGGAAUGACCCUAUCAAUCCAAAGUUAUUCAAGUAUGUGUUUUUGGCUGCUAGUAGUUCCUUGAAGGGGCAAAGUGACAAGGAAAAGUAUGAGAAAGCCAGGAUGUUAAAGGAUUAUAUUGCGAAUAUUAGGUCUGCAUACACAAAAAAUUUUACCAGUAAAGAUAUUACGAAGCAGCAAAUUGCUGUUGCUACUUAUCUUAUUGAUAAACUAGCUCUGAGGGCUGGCAAUGAGAAGGAUGAUGAUGAAGCUGAUACUGUUGGUUGCUGCACAUUAAAAGUAGAGAAUGUGACAAGAGAACCCCCCAACAAACUGAAGUUUAACUUCCUUGGUAAAGAUUCUAUCAGGUAUGAAAAUACAGUUGAGGUUGAGCUUCCUGUAUAUAAUGCAAUUUUUAAGUUCCAGAAAGAUAAAGGCCCUGGUGAUGAUCUUUUUGAUAUGUUGGAUACAAGUAAAUUAAAUGCUCAUCUGAAGGAACUCAUGCCUGGUUUAACAGCAAAAGUCUUCCGUACAUUCAAUGCAUCAAUCACAUUGGAUGAUAUGUUGAAUAAGGAAACUAAAGAUGGAGAUGUUGGGGAAAAAAUUGUUGUUUAUCAGCAUGCAAAUAAACAGGUUGCUAUCAUUUGUAAUCAUCAACGUAGUGUUUCAAAAUCUCAUGGUGCACAAAUGUCAAAGUUAAAUGAAAAAAUUGAUGAACUUCAGGCUGUUUUGAAGGAGCUGAAAACGGAUUUAGACAGGGCAAGGAAAGGAAAGCCCCCUUCAAAGAGUUCAGAUGGAAAGAGAAAAAAGAGCUUAACUCCUGAAGCGCUAGAGAAAAAGAUAUCUCAAACCAAUGCAAAAAUUGACAAAAUGCAACGUGAUAUGAAGACAAAAGAAGAUCUGAAAACUGUGGCAUUAGGCACAUCCAAGAUAAACUACCUUGACCCCAGGAUUACGGUUGCCUGGUGCAAGCGGCACGAGGUUCCUAUUGAAAAGAUUUUCAACAAAUCUCUUCUGGCGAAAUUCUGUUGGGCAAUGGAUGUAGAUCCCGAUUUCAGAUUCUGAGAUACAUAGAAUGGAGCCAUGUUGAUGAUGAGGAGAAACAUUUCUUUUUUACUUAUUUCUUUUUUAUAAAAUUAUUUUUUUCUGUUGUCAAUUUUAGCGGAAAUUGAUGUUGUAAGUCCAUCUAAUCUAAUUAUGGGGUGAGUUGCCCCUUCUUCAUUGACAAGUUUUUAUACUUGAACUGUUAACCAUUCAUAGUCAUGAUUUUAAUGUGAUAAACAUGCCAAAUGUGAAAAAUGAGUUAAAGUUUCAGUCUUAA